CGGGCGGAGGCGCAGCCUUGUGAGGUGAAUGCGCAGUCACACAGAGGAGGGGACCCGCGUUCCUCUGAGCCCGCUGAGUGUCUCGUUCCGAGAUUCAACUGCACUCGAACUUACUAACCUCUUCCACCGAGAGUGGAUAGCGGACGAGAGACGAAGUUGCUCGGCGGGUAAAUAGGGUCUGCGUGACCCACCGGGGUCUUGCUCUGAAGUGGCCUGAGCACGGAGACCGAGACAUGCGGGGACCUGCGUCGUCAGGCGUCUUCAGACCUCCCUGGGAAUCUUCUCACAGUUAAAAUCUUGUCAGUUUAACAAAGUUUUAAAGUUCCCCCUGCUUCAGACAAUGGAUGAGCAAUCACAGGGAAUGCAAGGGCAGCCUGUUCCUCAGUUCCAGCCACAGAAGGCCUUACGACCGGACAUGGGCUAUAACACGUUAGCCAACUUUCGAAUAGAAAAGAAAAUUGGUCGUGGACAAUUUAGUGAAGUUUAUAGAGCAGCCUGUCUCUUGGAUGGAGUACCAGUAGCUUUAAAAAAAGUGCAGAUAUUUGAUUUAAUGGAUGCGAAAGCACGUGCCGAUUGCAUCAAAGAAAUAGAUCUCCUUAAGCAACUCAACCAUCCAAAUGUAAUUAAAUAUUAUGCAUCAUUCAUUGAAGAUAAUGAACUAAACAUAGUUUUGGAAUUAGCAGAUGCUGGUGAUCUAUCCAGAAUGAUAAAGCAUUUUAAGAAGCAGAAGAGGCUAAUUCCUGAAAGAACCGUUUGGAAGUACUUUGUGCAGCUCUGCAGUGCCUUGGAACACAUGCAUUCUCGGAGGGUCAUGCACAGAGAUAUAAAACCAGCGAACGUGUUCAUCACAGCCACCGGGGUGGUGAAACUUGGGGAUCUUGGCCUUGGCCGGUUUUUUAGCUCCAAAACCACAGCUGCACAUUCUUUAGUGGGUACACCUUAUUACAUGUCUCCAGAGAGAAUACAUGAAAAUGGAUACAACUUCAAAUCUGACAUCUGGUCUCUUGGCUGUCUACUGUAUGAGAUGGCCGCGUUGCAGAGUCCCUUCUACGGGGACAAAAUGAACUUGUACUCGCUGUGCAAGAAGAUAGAGCAGUGUGACUACCCGCCUCUUCCUUCAGAUCACUAUUCAGAGGAGCUGCGACAGCUGGUUAACAUGUGCAUCAACCCAGAUCCAGAGAAGCGGCCGGACAUCACCUACGUCUACGACGUGGCCAAGAGGAUGCACGCGUGCACCGCAAGCAGCUAAACGCGCAAGAUCACGAAGAACGUGCUAAGAACAAAGUAUUUCUGUGCAAAUCAUACCUCCCAUUCAUGUCUGGGUGUUAAGAUUAAUAUUUCAGAGCUAAUGUGCUUUGAAUCCUUAACCAGUUUUCAUAUAAGCUUCAUUUCGUACCAGUCUAAAUCACCCUCUUGCAAACCCCACAUGACUUUGGAAUGAUCGGACUGCAUGUUAGGAGAGAAAAGGAAACAUGAUGGAUUUAAUGGCUAAAGGUGUUUAGAGUUAUUUAGAGUUCUCUGCGGGCGACUUGUGUUCAGGUAGACUGUGGGUGCCGACACAGGAGGUGCCCCCUGGCACAGCAGGACGGACCCAGAACCCUGGGGAGCAUCUGAGCUUGUGACCUUCCUGUCUUCCAGUAGCUUAUGGACAUUGACAUGGACACAGUUGUGAACUUUUACGAUUAUUUUUAAAGUAAGCUUGAAGUAUGUGUUUUAGUUUUUAGCUUUGUAGUUUCAAAUUUAAUUCUUACAAUAAAUGUAGACAUUAACUAUUUGAGGAACAUUUAAAACUCUUAGCUUGCAACUAUUAAAUGUGAAAAGAUUUGGGGACAAAAUGUGAGUCAGACACUGAGGAGUUUUUUGUUUUAAUAUCUUUGGUAUUGUCUUUGCAUCGAAGUGGUAUAAAUGAAUCCAUUUAAAAAGUGGUUAAGGAUUUUUCUCGCUGGUGUGAUAGUAAUUUUUUAAAGUUGCACUUUGCCCAAGGCUUUUUCGUGUGUUUUUAUUGUUUGUACAUUUGAAAAACAUUCUUUGAAUAACCUUGCAGUACUAUAUUUCAGUUUCUUUAUAAAUUUAAGUGCAUUUUAACUCAUUAUUGUACACUAUAAUGUAAGCAUAUAUUUUUAUUCAUAGAUUUUAUUGAAGUUCUUUCUGAUUGGUCCCCUUCAGAAAUUUUUUAUAUUCAAAUUACUUUCUUAUUUAUAGUGUCUGUGCAUUUUAUCCAUUAAUGUUUCAUAUUUCUGAACAUAAUCCUCUUUUAAAAGAUCCUGGGUAUAUCAAUACUUUUCCUGGAUUGAAAACAUUAUUUUAAACUUUUUAAAACGUAGGCCUCCCUGUGUGCAUGUGUUUGCUCUCGUUAAAGAGGAAGGACGGACGUGUGUCGUGCUGUGCCUGUGAACGUUGACGCAGUUUCAGUUCUUUGGCAAGGUUGUGAUUCUGGAGUAUGUUUAAUGGAACGAAAACUGGCCAUCACUGCAGCCAGAGUUGUUACGAGGCUAACGUUUCUGAUGAGAAGGUUCUGAGCAAAGUCCUGUGUUUGUGCACGAAGACGACCGAGAUGGCAGCUUCGUUUAGUCUGAGGACGUGGGCAGAGUCUAGCGAGUGCCGUGCAGAUGUGUUUUCCCCGAACGCCUCCCUGUCAGUAGCGACCAGUUCCGCACGCACUUGUGACGGCAGAAAGCCAAAGGCGGCCACUGUCAGGGACACGGUCCCACCAUGGGACCCUGGGGUGGGUCAUCCUGCCAACGCGGAAACCUCGUGUUUAGGGAACUCCCCCCUUUGGCCCCCCUUAGCCCACCUAACUGCUGGUUUUGUUUUUCAUACGCUCAUUUGAAUACUUUCAAGUCAUUUGUAAAUUUUAAAAAUGUAUAAAGGACAAACCUGAAGGGUAAUUUUAUUUUGAAGUAGACAAAGGAAAUCUGGUUGUCUGUUAUGAGGGAUGAAUGCAUUGUUUCUCCCAGAUUCUAGUGAUUUUUAACAUUUACUGAUCCAUCCAUAGAUUUAUCUCCAGAUAUAUGAGACUUAUUUCUGUUGACCAUUAAUGUCAUGUUCAUUUUGACGUAAUAUAAUUGACUUAGAUGAAAUGUUCUCUGGUUGGAACAGAUACUCUCCUUUUUCUUGCAAUCUUUGAGAAUACAUGGAUCUAAAAUUCAUUAGCUUGACCCCUCACACUGACUUUUAAGUAAAGAUUUAAGCUUUUCUUCUCAGUGACUAUCUGCUAGAAGGAAAUAGCUAGGAAAAAUUUAAUGAUCAGGGAAAUCAUUUUUUACUUGUAGAAACUUUUUGUUUGGGAUAUUAUAUCUUUUUUAAUCUAAGUGUUCAUAUUUUUCCUGAGGAAACCACUGUGUAAAACACAAAUUUUAACUUUGAAUGGGAUCAUUUCAAAAAAUUAUGAAAAUGAUUAGAUGUUCUAAUUUUUAUAAUCACCUAUAUAAGAUGUUCUCUUUAUUUCUGUUUAUAAGUAAACUUUAUAUUAAGUUAAAUGUUUGGAUUGAUUUGAAGAAGCAGUAAGAAAUGAAAGACAUAUCUGAUUCUAAACCUUAUUUAGACAUCGGUACCUGUUACCCAGGGGCAAAUGUGGGGUAACUUUGUUGUGUGUGGUGAGGUUUAGAAAUGCUGGAUGAAGGGUGUCUCUGUAUAAAUAAAGUGCUCAACAAUGUGCAAUGAUUGUAAAUUUAGUAAGAUACUGCAGCCAUUUCACGAAUGCUCUACCAUUCUACAUAGUGUCUAUUACAAAACACCGCUCUCCUGUCCAUAUACUUCAGGUGUUGCUGUUAACAUUUACCAUGAUAUUUAUUUUAGCCAAAAUGUUAUUCACAUUAAAUGUUAAUUCUUUAAAAUGAAUGUAUUAUGUUUAUAACCCACAAAUGCAUAAUUACCCUGUGCCUCAUAUUUCAAUAGUACUGUAAUAUGGACAUCUUUUGUGAAAUACUUUUAUUUUGUUAUGCUUUAAAUACACAUACAAAAAAUAUUCUGUUAUUAGCUUUGAAAAUCAUACAAAUCCUAAUAUAAAUAAAAAUAUAAAAAUAAAAAAUGAAUAUAGUAAAA